UAAUAAAAACAUAUUAUUUUCUAUAAAGUUCAUUAUUGGAUUCGAAUUCGACUUGGAAACUAAUUUCCUAAUAAUAAAGAUUUAAUACAAUUAAAGUGUUUUCCGUUCGAAGAAGUGAAAAGUUCGCGGAAACUCAGAAGGAAUACGACUUCAUUAUCAAUUCCUUAGCAAGUUUGUGAUUUCGAUCUGAAGGACGUGAAACCCCCUAAAUAACAACCAAAUCUAAUAUUCCCCCGCCAACUGGCUCCCAACAUCCACACUGGGUAGCCCUUAUUUGCCAACAACGCCCGCGGGCUCCGAAAGCCCGAAUGCAACAACCGCCGUUGCACAUAUAACCGCCGUGCAGCCGCUACCGCCUACGCUGCAUGCCUACAACAGCAAUCACAGCGACGUACCGCACAACAACAACCAACAUCCGCUGCUGCCGCAGAAACAUUUCCAGCUUUCGGAGAACUCCGCUUUCAAUUUAGCCGCUACAGCCAUCGCUGGUGCCGCGGGCUUCCCGACCAGCGCGGCCGCUUUCUAUCAUCGCCUCAAUAGCUUUGCCGGCGCUAGUGAGAGCACGAGCACCUCAUCAACCGACUAUUGUCUGCCAGCGUACAGUAGUGGACACGGCAGUGAACAACAGUUAAUUGGAGCAACAAACACAGACAACAUGGAUCUCAUAAAUCCCUACAUGCGCCAUCACAGCUUUGCCACGAGCCAGAGCAGUUCACCGUCGGCUAUGGCCAUGGCUUCGAUGGCAAGUCGCAGUCCACCAACGGGCGCUGCCGCCUUGCAUCAUCACCUCCCAAAUGCCGCCGGCUUGACGAACGGUUUCGCCGAAGCGGCCGCCGCGGCUGCUGCGGCGCAUCACGACUAUCAAAAUUUAGCCGCCGUAGCGGCGAGUCGCGAUCACUUGCUGGACUAUCACAAUGCGGCCGCUGCUGCCGCUUAUGCCGCCAACAACAAUAAUCUUACCAGCCCACUCAUGCUUUUGAAGGCGCCGUCGAAGCAACUGCACAGCCACGAAGCUGGUGGCACAAAGUCGACGCGUUCGGCUGAGGAUUCCUCCACGCCGCCGCCAUUGCUCUCGGCGAGCAGCGGCGGUGGCGCCGGUGCUGAUCACUCCUCCGUCGCUUCAUCGUCCCGCCUGCAAUCCGAGUCGCCCGACAACUGCGCCAACUCGCUGCAUCACCGCAACCGCUACGACAAUAACUCCAGCCCCGGCGUAGAUAGCUCCAAAUCGUAUCCGGUGAGUCAGCGCAGCGGCAGUGGUGGCGAUGAGGCGGGCAAUAACAGUGAAUCGAGUCCGCCACCGCCUGACUAUAGUCCCGAAAAUCUCUCCGCUAAUCGCGCCAAAUACGCAGCACAUCACAACAAUAAUAAUAACAACAACAUCGGCGCUAUGCAUCCACUGGGCGUGCAUCACAAUAACAAUAACAAUAUGCUGGAACAUAAGCUGCCAUUGAGCUUUCUGGGGCCACCGCUGGCCGCGCUACACUCAAUGACCGAAAUGAAGACUGGCGGCGGUGCGUCGAGCAUGAUGAACGGCUAUGCGAAUAAUCAGCAGACGCACUUGAUCAGUGAUGGACGCGGUGGUGUGGUGAGCAGCGGUAUGUCCGGGUCCAUUACAACCACAACAACAACACACACACAAGGUGCGGCCAAUCCGCACGGCAUCGAUACGAUAUUGUCGAAACCGCCGCCGGUCACAUCGGCGGGUCUAAGUGCUUUAACGGGAGGUGGCAUACCGCGUUUCUCGAUUGCCGCCGCCGCUGCUGGUAUGGCCCAAUAUUUGUCGCAAAGUCAAGGUGGUCCCUUGAAGACACACGCUGGCCAUAUUGUAGAACGAACGCAUCUGUAUUGGCCGGGACUGCAAGGAUUGGUCGCGAAUCCAAUAGCGUGGCGUGAAAGGCUGUCGAAUACAAUGUCCGCGAGUCUCUCACAAGCGCAUCAGCAUCAUCAAAGCAACGACAAGGAUGGCAAGAAGAAGCACACCCGCCCAACAUUCAGUGGCCAGCAAAUAUUCGCGCUGGAAAAGACAUUCGAACAGACCAAAUAUCUGGCAGGACCAGAACGGGCGAAACUCGCCUAUGCCUUAGGGAUGACCGAAUCGCAAGUGAAGGUUUGGUUCCAGAAUCGACGCACCAAAUGGCGCAAGAAACAUGCUGCGGAAAUGGCCACCGCCAAGCGGAAACAGGAUAUUAUGGGUGGCGGUGGCGGUGAACCCGAUGGCGACUGCAGUGAGACGAUGGACAGUGACAACGAGAGCUUGGACAUGGGCGAGAAUCCGGCGCAGAGUAAACGCUGUCGCAUGGGUGAUAAUUACCGUUAAAUGCCGAAAGUCGCGCAUAUAAAUUUAUAAAUACAAGAAAUAUAUAAAUUUAAUAGUUAAUGAACUAAAACGGUUUAAUUAUUUUCCUAACGGCAUAUAUGUAUGUAUUUACUUAACGACGCCAAAUGGUGAUAGCAGCAAAUCUCUGAGUUUUAAAGCAGUCUUCUGAAGGCCUACCUAAGUUAGUCUCACUUAAUAUAAUAUAAUUUACAACAACAAUGCAAAUCUUCAAUUUUAUAUUUUUAAUUACUAAAUUAAGUGUAAAUUAGCAGUUUUUAAGCAUUUUUCUUUUUUUUUUUUGGAAUUGUAAAUAUAUGUGUGCGUACUUUUAAACUACUUUUUAAUCAUGUAAAUUGUGUAUUUGUAUAGCUAAUUAUGCAUAAAGAUUUUAGAAAUUAACACUUUAUUGACUUAAAAAUGAAAAAAUUAAUGAAUUUAAAUAAAUAGCAGCAAUGCGGCUUCGUAGUUAGUAACUAAGUUAAGGCAAAUCAUAGCGAUAAAUAACAGUUUUUUUGAAAGAAAAUUACUUCCAACGAAUUACGGCAGUGUGUGCAACGCCAUUUUGUAUAAAUUUCAAUGAUUUUCUACAUUAAAUUUUAUAAUUUAUCGGUUCAAUUAAGGUUAAGGCAAUGUGAAUAGUGAAGCGAUGAGCUAAGCAAAGAGGAGUCUCAUUUUCUUCCUGAUGAACUUAGCCUUAGCCUUGUAAAGUUGUUGUGGCUAAGUUUAAGCCCUCAUCCGCCCUUUGUUAUAUAUAUAUUUCGAUUAAUAUGUUAUAUAUAUAUAUAUAUAUAUUUUGUUCUAAUCCUGUAUUAUAUAUUUCUUUAUUUCAUAUUUGAAUAGCUAUGCUAAGGAACUUUACUUGACUUUUAUGUAAUAUACAACUUAAUUAAAUUUAUGCGUAUGUGUAACUACUUAAAGUAAUUAAAAUUUAAUCGAUAUACAAAAACUGAAAAUU